GUGAUGGGUGAGGGAUGCGGGCAGGGCUCGGCGGGGCCGGGCUGCCCUGGAGCAGCUCCUCCCUCUCGCUAUUUAUUCCUCCGCGGAGCUCCGCGGCUGAUUCACCCGGAGCGGGCGGGCAGCGCCUUCCCAGCCGCCAUGGCCAAGCUCCCGGGCACCUCCUGCCUGCUGCUGCUGCUGCUGCUGCUGCUGCUGGGCGCCGACCUCGCCUCCUGCAAGAAGGGCAAAGGCAAACCCGGCGGGGGCGGCUGGGGCACGGGGAGCCGCCAGCCCAGCUACCCCCGCCAGCCCGGCUACCCCCAGAACCCGGGGUACCCCCACAACCCUGGCUACCCACACAACCCGGGGUACCCACACAACCCGGGGUACCCACACAACCCCGGCUACCCCCACAACCCCGGCUACCCGGGCUGGAACCAGGGCUACAACCCGUCGAGCGGAGGGAAUUACCACCAGAAGCCGUGGAAGGCGCCCAAGCCCAAGACCAACCUGAAGCACGUGGCGGGGGCGGCGGCGGCGGGCGCCGUGGUGGGCGGCCUGGGGGGCUACGCCAUGGGCCGGGUGAUGUCGGGGAUGCAGUACCGCUUCGACAGCCCCGACGAGUACCGCUGGUGGAGCGAGAACGCCGCGCGCUACCCCAACCAGGUCUACUACCGCGACUACCGCGGCGGCGCCGUGCCGCAGGACGUCUUCGUGGCCGACUGCUUCAACAUCACCGUCACCGAGCACAACAUCGGCCCCGCCGCCAAGAAAAACGCCUCGGAGGCCGGCGCCGCGCUCAACCAGACCGAGGCGGAGCUGGAGACGCGCGUGGUGACCAAGGUGAUCCGCGAGAUGUGCAUCCAGCAGUACCAGGAGUACCGGCUGGCCGCUGGCACGCGGCCGCGCCUCGCCGCCGACGCCGCGCUGGCCGCGCUGCUGCUCCUGGCGUUGGCUGCCCUGCGCUAGAAGAGCCCCGCGUCCCCCCGCCCGCCUCUCUGGGUUUUGGUGAGGAGCCUCCGGUUUAGGCAAAAAAAACGGGAUGAAAAAUUUCCUUUUCCGCCCCAAACGCGGCCCCAAAACGGCGCCGGAGCCCAAAACCGCGGCCUUCAUCUCCUCCUCCUCCUCCUCGGGGCCACCCCGAGAGGGACCAGGCAGAGGGGAGCUCUCCUCGGGGUCCCUGCAGGAGCUUCUCCAAAAAUCCUCUUUGUUAAUAGGCAGGGUUUUGUCUCGCCCCUCGGUGCCAGGUUGAAAAAUUUGAACCAUUUCAUCCUAAAAAAAAAAACCAAAAACCCUUUCCCGUGUAGAUAAGGAGCUGCCACUCCUCACCCUGCACGCUGCAAGAACCCCGUGCAGCAACACACCAAAAGAAAGAAAUAAAGUCAUUUUUUACUCCCCGUCAGCCUUUAGAGGCAGCAAGUGCUGCUGAGUGCCCCAAACACCCCCAAAACGGUGUUACAACCCGAGAAAAAGCCACUUGGGGUGCCCCAGGUGACAAUUCCUGGUCGUGCUUCAGCACCUGGACCUGAAGGAGGCGAAAAUGCAGCACAGAGAAUUCUCAGGGUGGCCAGAGACUGAGAGCAGCUGAACCACGCCGGUCCAGCAAACAGCACCGGGAAAAACGGGCCUGGGAAGGGAGAUGCUUUAAAAAUAAUUCACAUUUCUGAGUAAUUCCUUUGCCCUGAGGAAGCAACAGUGAAAUUCCUGCUUCUCAUGUGGAUGCUGGGCUGGGGACGAGCUGUAACACCCGCGGCGCUGCGCUUGUGGAACCGAGCUCGGUGUAAUAUCUCGUGUUUUAUUUUUGCAAGGCACUGAAUAACACUGUCCUAAAUGAGAUUUUUUUUUUUUUUUUGCAUUGGUGUAAGCUAAGUGAAGAUAUAUAUUAUAUAUAUAUAAAUAUCUAUAAACAGAGAGCAAAGAAACCUUUUUUGAGGACGGCCACCGGAAAAGCAGGGCUUGGAGGUGCCCGGUACUUUGACACGCGGAUGUUUUGUAACCCCGGCACGCGGCGUGCCCGGGAUUCGCCUUGCUGAGCCUUUUCCAAGUGUUCCACGUCUGGUACAAAUUAAAACGGAUCAAGCCAAGGUGCCCAGCAGCCUCCUUUGUGUGCCAGCCCCCGCUGCAUUUCUGCAUCCCCGCAUUUCUGCAUUUCUGCAUUCCCGCAUUUCUGCAUCCCCGCAUUUCUUCAUCCCCGCAUUUCCCCUCCCCAUCCCCCCGAGGCCUGAGGGAGCUUUUGUUCCCUUCCAGCACCAAAUUUGGCCCCAACCCCACAGUUCCAGUCAGCCUUUUGUCCUCCCCUGCCCCCACCGCUGGUAUCGCUGCAGGCCGAGAAGUGUUUUCUAAUUUCUGUCUCAUUCCAGUUUCGGUUCUAAUAAAGGAGUUUUUACA